AACUGUUAGUGAAGCCAUGUUGAGAGCGGCCGGGCCUACAGAGGGAAAUAAUCAUACCGGGAAGGGUUUUUAUUAUUAAUAUUAAGCAUUUCUCUUUCAGCCUCAGUGACACUGGGAUUUAAGCUCACUGAAAUACUUCCUCACGGUUCCGUUACCAUGAAACUCCGGUCGAGGAUUAUUUCUCGCGAGAGCCCGUCGCCUCAGCCCGAGACUCGGCGCGAGACUCAGCCCAGCACCCCGCGGCGCCGUCGGCCGGAUUUGAGUCGAGCACCGCGGAUCGAGCAGAGCCAGUCUCAGUCUCCGGAAGUCCAGAUUUUAAAGGAUUGUUCUAAUCUGUACUGUGAUACCAUCCCAACUGCGGCGAAGCGCCCACGCUUACGACAUGGAAGGAAAAGGGUUCUCCCACGACAGGAGUGUAAAGCAGAGUCUGACUUCAAGACACCGGUGCGGCAUCGCCGGGAAAGGCGUUACUCAUCAGUUAACCUGGCUGCACGUAGCCUUUACUCUCCUGUAGUGCGUUUUGUCACACCCAAAAAAGACCACGAGAGGAUGAGGAGCGAUACAAUGUUCAGCCCUGAGCAGUACAUGUUCGGAUACAGUGCCGUCAGCUGCCUGUCGGAAGACGAGGAGAACAAUGAGGUGUUCAGCCCAUUCACAUUCAUCAAAAACAUUCCUAACCAGUCCCAACAGCCCAGAGCAGUGUCUGCUCUCCGGGACAUGCCACCAAAGACGAGAAGUACACCUGCAGCCACCAUGGUGCUCGAUUUGGACGAAACGCUCGUGUUCAGCUCCCUCAAUAGAAUCGAAGAUGCAGAGUACACAUUUAAUACAAUCUUUCAAGAUCAAGAGUACAAGGUCUAUGUGGUUCUCAGGCCCUAUGUGAAAGAGUUUCUGCAAGCCAUGGUGAAGCAUUUUGAGAUGUUUGUUUACACGUCUGCUAAAAAGGAAUAUGCAGAAAUGAUAGUGGACAUACUGGACCCAAGAAAAAAAAUAUUCAGACAUCGUCUGUAUCAGGAUGACUGUGCAUGCGUUCUUGGACACUAUAUUAAGGACUUGGCAGUGCUGGAAAGAGAUCUUUCAAAAACAGUGAUUCUGGACAACGCACCCCACACUUUCCCAUACCAUCUGGUGAACACGAUUUCCAUAAAGAGCUGGUGUGGAGACAAAGAGGACCAGGAGCUCCAGAGGCUCAUACCUUACUUGGAGAAGCUCACCCAAGCUAAUGACUUCAGGACUGUGCUGAAGAGGAGGACGGAUCACUUUCACAAUCUGCUCACUGAAGAUUAAAAUCCUGUUUUUCCCUCUCCUCCUUUUUUUUGUGUAUAUUUUCAUGUAUAUAAUAGUAUUAUGCAUGUAAUAUAGGCUGAAUAAAUUCUAAAUGAUUCAGAAAGUGACUUUUAUUACCAAUAUAUGCUUCAAAGGAAAUCCGGCUGAGCCUCAUUUGGGGUAAUUUGAAGUGUUGUGCUUCUUAACUUAUUGUGAUUUUUGAUUUGCUAAUUUAUUAUUGCUGAUGUUUUAUGACUUUUUUUUUUAAUGGUGUAGAAUUUUCAGUGAUUGUUUGCAUACCUACUGUUUUGAAAUGCCCUGGAUU